AUGCCGUCGGAAAGGAGAAGCCUGGUCAUCGAGACCAUUUACGAUCCCGAAGAGGCUGGCAAGGGACCAGCAACGCUAGACCUUGUUCUCAUUCACGGUCUCGACGGUGAUCGCAUCAACACCUGGACACACCCGAAAACGAAGGUGUUCUGGCCUAGGGACUUGCUGCCUAAGAAGCAGCCACGGACUCGCGUCCUGUCUUUUGGCUACAAUGCCGAUAUCUUGGGAAACACCUCCAUUGCGGGCAUCCGUGGAAAUGCGAGGGCACUGCUGGCCCGGCUCAAGGACGAGCGCGAAGAUGAUGAGGCCGAGGUGCGGCCGCUUGUGUUCGUCGCGCACAGUCUGGGUGCUAUCAUCGUAAAACAGGCGCUGCGGUUUGCAGCAAACGAAGCAGAAUACCACCAGCUCGCGGCCGCUACUCGUGGACUUCUAUUCUACGGCGCCCCGCAUCACGGCGCAGACCAGGACCGAUGGCUGGCCAUCUCCAAGUCCUUUGGCCGUCUCGUACCCUGCUUGCCGGGACUGAGCAAAAGCAAUAGCAACAACGUGUCGCCGCUCGUCGAGUCGCUAGCGCGCAGCUCGCGCGACAUUGCCGACAUAUGCGAAGAUUUUCGGCAGCUGGCGCAGCGCUUCGCCGUCAUCAGCUUCUAUGAGACGCGCGCCUGGCCGGGCACCAAGGAGCCCAUCGUCGACAAGCUGAGCUCCGUCAUGAACAUCGCCCAUGAGGAUCAGGUUCCGCUCGAAGCCGACCAUCUGCAGUUGGUCCGCUUUGAGGACGAGAACGACGACGCGUUCAGGCUGACUUAUAAGCGUAUUGCGCGCGCGGCGAAAGGGGUGCCAGGGUAUGAGCCUCGGUUUGGGUAUGGGGCGGCUGCUGGCGGGAGAAAUGUGAUCAACCAGUAUGUUUGGGUCGGUGGUGCGCCGGGAAGUGGCAAACGUGUUUGA